AUGAAAAGAGAAUAUAUUUCUCCGGAACUCCGGAAAGCGAUUCAAGAAUCUAGGUUUUCAAUUGUGGUUUUGUCCAAGAACUAUGCUUCUUCCAGAUGGUGUUUGGAUGAACUUGUGGAGAUCCUUGAAUGCAGCAACACAACUGUUUAUCCGAUUUUCUAUCACGUGAAACCAUCGGAAGUGCGAAGCCAAACAGAGCCAACCCAAACGGGGAGGUUUAGGGAUGAAUUUGAGAAAUUGGUUUCCAAACAGGGAGAUUUGGGGAUAGAGAAGGUCCAAAAGUGGAGGAAUGCUUUGGAGCAAGUUGCCAAAUUUUCUGGAUGGCCUUACCCUAAUGAUUCAAUUGUUAGGUCUGAAUCAAUGUUCAUCCAGGAACUUGUUGGGAUACUUUUUAAAAAAUUGAACCAUACAUAUUCGAGUGUUUCUGAAGACCUAGUUGGGAUGAAUUCUCGUAUGGAGGAAAUGAUUGAAUUGCUAGGAUUAGGGAUGGAUGAUGCUCGUGUUGUCGGGAUAUGGGGGAUGGGUGGAAUAGGUAAGACAACUCUUGCAAGUGCUAUUUAUGCCCAUAUCUCUUGCCAAUUUGAAGGUUGCAGCUUCAUUGAAAAUGUUAGAGAAGUUUCAGAAAAAGGUGGUUGGAAAACUCUGCAACAACAACUCAUUUCCGAAAUCUUAAUGGAAAAAGAUGUAAGAGUAGGAAAUGUUGGUAGUGCCUUGAGUACAAUAAGGAACAGGGUGUGCCGUAAAAAGGUUCUUAUUGUUCUUGAUGAUGUGGAUGAAUCAACAGAACUUGAAAAAUUGGUAGGAGAGCUUGAUUGGUUCGGUUUUGGAAGUAGAAUCAUUAUAACAACUCGAAAUCAACAUACAUUAAUCAGAUAUGGCAUAUCACAUAUUUAUAAGGUUGAGGAAUUAGGAGAAGAUGAAGCUAUAGAACUCUUUAAAUCAAAAGCCUUCAGGAAACACCAACAAAUGGGAGGCUAUGGAAAACUUGUAUGUCGUGCAAUAGAGUAUGCUAAAGGAGUUCCUUUAGCUCUCAAAGUUUUGGGUUCUUUUCUUUGUGGUCGAAACAAAGAUGAAUGGGAAAGUACAUUAAACAGAUUGAAAGAAAGCCCUCUAAAUGAAGUUCAACAAGUACUCAGAGUAAGUUAUGAUGCAUUACAAUUGGUAGAAAAGGAAAUAUUCUUAGAUAUUGCAUGUUUUUUCAAAGGGAAAGACAAAAAUGAUGUAACAAAAACACUAGAAAGUUGUGACUUCCACCCAAUUAUUGGAAUAAAAGUUCUUGUUAAAAAGUCUCUUGUAUCCAUCUCAAACAAUAAGCUGAUGAUGCAUGAUUUGAUACAAGAACUAGGGUGGAAUAUUGUUCGUCAAGAAUCACCUAAAGAGCCUGGGCAGCGUAGUAGGUUGUGGAUUCAUAAAGAUUCAACACAUGUGCUGAUGGAGAAUACGGGAACAAAAAAGGUUGAAGGCAUAGUUAUGGAGUAUCCUGACCUUCGAAGUCGAGAUCCAAAGGACAUUGGCCUAAAAGAAUUGAAGUUGAGGCCUAAAGCUUUUGCAAAGAUGUCAAAUUUGAGAAUUCUCAAAAUUUGUUGUAUGUACUUCUCAGAAGACCUCAAGUAUCUUUCUAACAAGCUCAGGUAUCUUGAUUGGUAUGGAUACCCUAUGAAAUACAUGCCUUCAACAUUUCAACCAGAGCGUCUUGUUGAACUUCACUUCAAACAUAGCAACAUUGAACAACUUUGGGAGGGAACAAUGUUCUUGAAACAAUAUAUUUUCUGCAAUUUCUAUCUAUCUUUUUUUUCUUUUUCUUUUUUCCUUCAACAGCAUCUAGACACGUUAAGGAUCAUGAAUCUUAGUCACUCGACAUAUCUAACCAAGUGCCCAGACUUCAUGAGAAUCCCAAAUCUGGAAAGACUGAUUCUUGAAGCAUGUAUAGGUUUGGUUAAUCUUGAUCCAUCCAUUGAAAUUCUCAAGAGUCUUAUUUUCUUGAAUUUGAAGGACUGCGAAAAUCUCAUGAGUCUUCCAAGUGUCAUUCAAUUGGAAUCUCUUGAAGUUCUUAAUGUCUCUGGGUGCUCAAAGCUUAAAUACAUUUUGGUCAACUUUGGUUAUAUGAAACGUUUAUUAGAGCUUCAUUUAGAUGGGAUUGGUGUAAGUGAACUUCCACAUUCAAUUGGACACCUUACCAAUCUUGUUUUGUUGAGUCUGAGCAAUUGUAAAAACUUGAGAAGUAUUCCGGACAACAUUUGUCAGUUGAAAGCUCUUACAAGUCUAAAUCUCUCUGGGUGCUCCAAACUUGACAAACUCCCACAAGACGUGGGUAUUCUAGACUGUUUAAAGGAGCUUCGUGCAGAUUGGACUGCAAUUAGACAACUCCCUCCCUCCAUUGGACUUCUGAAGAAACUUAAAACAUUAUCCUUGGAAGGGUGUAAAGGAAUAGCAUCUUAUUCAUGGAGUUACUCCUUCUUACCUUCAAUUUUACAAAGACGGAGAGAGAAUUACACAGCUUUGGAACUAGAAGCUUUGUUAGGGUUGGAGUCUUUGGAACGACUAGAUCUCAAUGACUGUAAUUUAAAAUCUAUCCCCACAACUAUUUGCCACAUCUUCUCGUUGCAAAGUUUAGAUCUAAGUGGAAACUAUAUUGAAAGUUUACCCACAACCAUGAAUAAACUUUCUAAUCUGGUGUGCUUGUAUUUGAAUGGUUGCAAGAGGCUUCAAGAACUGCCAAAGCUUUCAUCAUAUAUACGUAAUAUAGAAGCUAAUGAUUGCACAUCAUUACGAACAAUAUUGAGUCUGCCCAAAUAUGAUAAUGUUGAAGGGUUUUCCUUCAUGAAUUGCUUCAAACUUGUUGAGAAUGAGCAAAACAACAUCCUGUCAGAAAAAUUUCUUUCAAAUCAAUUUCAGGUUCUCUCUCUCUCUCUCUCUCUCUCUCUCUCAUUGUGUGUGUGUGUGUGCAUGCACGUGUGUAUGCUUGUGUGUAAGCAUUGUGACCAAUCUCUAUUGUACAGAAACAUUUUGAAUGGCAAUGGCAAGAAUCUACUUAUAUUAGUUUCCCCGGGAGUCAGAUUCCAAAGUGGUUCAGUCAUCAAAGUAGGGGGUGUUCAGUAUCUUUUGAGCUGCCUCCACAUUGGUAUAACGACAGGUUCUUGGGAAUUGUUUUCGCUGUUGUUGGAAUCAAGAAUAAAUCCAAGUGCUGCAAGUUUUAUUCUAUUGAGGUUGGGUUUAAGCGCCUUGGUAUUCAAAUGGUUGUCGGAAAAAGCCCUAAAAAUGAGCUAGCAUAUUUUGAAUAUGUGAAUUCUCAAAAU